AUGGCGUCCAAUUUUAUUGACGAGGACCCAUCUACUUCUAGCGUUAUUUCUCUGUCAUCUCAGCCAAACUCUAGUUCUUUUCAGAACUCUUGCACGAGUUUGGUUUCUGAGAUACCAGUAGAAGGUUCAUUUGAUGUGGAAAACGUUUGUCCGAACAGUAAUGUCGAAGGAAAUGUUGACAUCAAUCAGAGUGGAAAUGGCUGGACUCGAUCUCUGAUUAAUCUUCCGGCCUUUGAAUACGCGUUUAUUCACGAGCAUUUGGUGGAAAAUUCGGAGACAAUGCCCGAUAAUCGUCCUACUGGCGCCCAUCGCCACAAGAAAAUGGGAUAUCGCUUAUUUAAAGAGAAUUAU